AUGGUUCGACAUCACCCGGCGUGAACGACUCUAGGCGGCUAAGCUACAUGUUACCAGGACUCGGCAGCUAACGUUGGGGAUUUAUUUAUUCGUUCACAUUAUCGUCGAGCCAGGCGGGGCCGCCAUGGCUCUUUACGAAUAUGUCACUAAGGAGCAGCUUGCCGGCUUCGACAAAUACAAGUACAGCGCAGUGGACUCGAACCCGCUGUCCGUCUACGUGAUGCAUCCUUUCUGGAACUUCGUGGUGAAGUUUCUACCGACAUGGCUGGCUCCAAACCUCAUCACAUUCACAGGCUUCAUGUUCCUGGUGUUGAACUUCCUCAUGCUGGCCUUCUAUGAUUACGACUUCACAGCCUCUUCUGCAGAUCACGACCACGUGCCCAGCUGGGUCUGGGUCGCCGCGGGGAUCUUCAACUUUUUAGCGUACACACUCGACGGCGUCGAUGGCAAACAGGCGCGCCGCACCAACUCCUCCACACCACUGGGGGAGCUGUUCGAUCACGGGCUAGACAGCUGGGCGUGCAUCUUCUUCGUGGCCACCGUGUACUCCAUAUUCGGCCGGGGGGACAGCGGCGUGAGCGUGGUCGCGCUCUACUACAUCCUGUGGGUGGUGCUGUUCUCCUUCAUCCUGUCUCACUGGGAGAAGUACAACACGGGCAUCCUGUUCCUGCCCUGGGGAUACGACAUCAGCCAGGUGACCAUCUCCGUGGUUUACUUGGUGACGGCGGUGGUCGGCGUGGAGACCUGGUACCAGCCCAUCUUCUGGAACUUCCUGUACAGAGACCUCUUCACCUUCAUGAUCAUCGCCUGCUCCUUCGCUGUGACUUUACCCAUGAGCCUCUACAACGUCCUGAAGGCUCAUCGGAGCAGCACCCUGAAGCACGGCAGCCUGUACGAGGCCUUCCUGCCGUUCCUCUCGCCCUGCCUGCUCUUCGUCCUGUCCACCGUCUGGGUCGUCUCCUCGCCAUCCAAAAUCAUGGACCUGCAGCCGCGCAUCUUCUACCUCAUGGUGGGGACGGCGUUCGCCAACGUCACGUGUAAGCUGAUCGUGUGUCAGAUGAGCAACACUCGCUGCCAGCCGCUCAGCUUCCUGCUGCUGCCCAUGACCGCCGUCGUGCUGCUGGCCCUGACCGGCGUCGCCAUCAACGAGACGCUGCUGCUGUACUUGUGGACGGCGUUCGUCGUGUUGGCGCACAUCCACUACGGAGUGUCAGUGGUGCAGCAGCUCAGCAGCCACUUCAACAUCUUCGCCUUCUCCCUGAAGAAGGCCAGCAGUGACUGACAGGAGGAGGAGGAGCGAAUCGGCCUGACGGCAGCGGAGGUUUAGACGCCCUCGCUCCCCGACUUACCGACACUUCACGUCCAUCACCGCGGAAACCCCCCCCCCCCCCCCCCCCGCCCCCCUCCAUUCAUGAGGACUCUGCAAGUGGAACAGACUAUGGGCCUCUUAUGUGUCGCCUACAGCCCACAAACACACACACACACGUACAUGCGCGCGCGCACACACACACACACAUGCACACAUGCACAUUCCCGGACCAGCUUUCGGACCACGCUCUGGUCUGGUCUCAGCGGCGGGGUGGGCCAAAGGGGCUCCGGCUUCCGUCUCUGGUGAUUGGCUGACCUGGUUGAGCCAAUGAGGCGCAAUUGUUUCCUACGGAAAUGUGCUUCAGUCGUGAGGACAGGAACCCAGACGAGCCAUGCGAAGACGCACGCACGCACACACACUUUUGUACGUCUAUCAUUGUGGGGACGCUCCUGGAUCCACAGUCAAAUCCCCGCAGUCUUAACCCUCAAACAGCGUUUUUAAUCAAGUUCGUCCCCGAGUGAGAACUCACCUGUCCUCACAAGAAUAGAAGUACAAAGUCUCUCUCAUACACACACACACACACACACACACACACACACACACACACACACACACACACACACACACACACACACACGCAUAUUCUGCUUUGUGCAGAUCAUUUCUAUCUCAUGGCGAGUGUUUCAGUACAAACGCAGCCUCGUGUACGAACACACAGUUAUACUCACAUAGUAUUAUGAAUGUAUAAUAAGCCUUGGGGAUUUUGCCAUUUCAGUUUUAUUCCAUUAACAGGAAUGCCUCAAGUAGUGUGAUUACAAACUUGACUAAACCUCUGGACUCUGGUCUUCUCACAGUGUCCAGCGUUCAGCGGUUGACCUCCCCUGUCUCCCCCUUUUUUUUUUUUUUUUUCAUCAGAUGAUUUGCGGUUGAAGAAUCUCUGUGACGUAUGUUAAUAUUUCUAUAUUUAUACAUAUAGUGUGUCCGUUGGUGUGUGGGGCUUUUACUUUCCGGCUGGAGUUUGCUCCUGUAACGCUAAAGAUAAAAUAGCCGAUUGGAUUUCUCUUCCUGAUCGGUCCCGAUCAGGGUGGAAUACUAAUAACUAAUGGAAGAAUUGACCAGGGUGACCUUGACUGUCCCUCCACUUUGACCUCUGUCUGAGCACUGGCCUCCCGGCUCUCCUCUCCUCUCCUCUCCCGAGGUGUCGUGUUUUCACGCUGAUUCCUAGGUUUUUUUUUUAUUUUUUUUAUCUUUGAGGUUA